AUAAAAGAUGAAACGUUCUAAAUCCCUUCUUAGAUUUCUGAAACUCCUGAUUGGGCGACGAUCAUUCAAUAUUCUUUCUAAUUCACUAAAAUUUGAAGAAACCAUCGGCAAAUGUACAUCACAAUGGCAAAGAUGUUGAUGAUUGUUCUGUGCCUUGCUGCAUGCUGUCUACUCGGCGGUAAUGCCAUACAUACUGUCCCACAGCUUCAGGCAGAGGCGUACAUUGGCAGAUGGUAUCAGGUGUAUACUAACUUUUGGGCUGAUCUCUUCUCGAACAUUUUCGAACCAGACUGCGUAACAGCUGACUAUGCUCUUUUGAACAGUACCUACGUAUCUGUAUAUAACGCCAACUGGCGUUUUGAUGAAAACCGCACUGAUGACAUUAGUGGCUAUGCAUACAUCGUCGAUGUCAAUGAUCCCGGUAAACUCAAGGUCGUCCUCGAUGGCGUUCCCGUAGAAGGAGAUUAUUGGAUUUUCAAGCUCGGUCCGAUCAUCGAAGGUCAAUACCAAUACAGCCUGAUCACCGACGGCGAAGCUGCCCGACAGCUUUUUGUCCUCGCCCGUGAUCCUGCAGAGUUUGCUGAGCUGUAUGACAAGGAGGUGAUGGAGUAUCUACCCCUUCAUGGGUUCACCGGGCCACGCAAGGAACCUUACGCCAUCACGCACAAUGAUGACUGCGUAUACCCACCAAGAAACUAAGACGAUCUGCACACACAAUAAUAAGCGUCAUCAGUGGGUUUUCCCGCCGCUAUGCUGAACGCUUUCAAGAACAUAGAAAAUUUAUUGUCAUAUGCCUUUCAUGACAAAGAGCAACCAAGAAGUCUUUGUCGAAAAUUGGAGAAUCAAAACAGCUGCCUUCUAAUUUUUAUGAUAAUUCUUCAGCUUUUCUUCAGUUCCGAAACUUGGACAAAACUGUUGUUCCGGUUCACCGAAUUUCGACAAAGACCUCUCAGCUGUUCGUUGUCAUUUUUCGGGCAUUUUGAAUAUAUUUACUGUGUUCUUGAAUUCGCUUUGCGUCCAAGCGCGAAAACUAACUAUUGUGAAACCCAAUAUCAAAGACAUGGUUUAGUUCAACCCGGAAUUCUGAUGGGAUUUGGACUUCUUGUAUUAAUAGAAUGAAAAGGUAACGCGUCUCGUUUGACGUAUGUGCUAAUUUUACUUGAAUUUGUAAGUUGAUGCAUUUUUAUGUAUCUAUCUAUUUCAUCAAUUGAUAAUUUGUAUUGUAUUUAAAAGAAAUUCCAUGUAUUAAAGCUUCCAAAAGUUUCAGGUGAAUAAUGAAGCAAGAUUAAUGGAACAGUGCAAGAGAAAUAUAUAUUUAUAUGAAACUAUAUAAUCUAUACUUAUUCAUGGUAUCAUUUACUGUGGUUUCCUCCAGUAUUUUGUUUGUGAUUUUCUUGAUUGAUUCGUUAUUAGUUCUCUCUUCGAUAAUAGUUCUUGUACAUAUUAUUUUCGUAGAUUAUGUUUUUCAAUAUAAUUAUGUUCAUUUAUUUAUAUCCAUCUAAUAACAUCUCUGUAAUUCCUUAUUUUCAUUAUCAAAUUUUUCACGCAAUAUGUAAACCAAUGAAUAAAAGUGGUUUAAAAACAAAAUCAAUUUCUAACGUAUUUUCAUUUUCAUCUUCAAUAAAGAUUUCAUAUAAGUCAAUAGUAAAAUAACAUUUUGUAAAAUGUGCAACGUUUUUCAAUUACCCCCAAAAUACU